GAAAACAAUUACGUGACGCACGAAAUUUUCAAUUGCACACAUUAGAAAAUUUUAGUGCGCCUGGCAUCCCAGUUGGGCAGCAAAAGAGAAACGUCAAAAGGACGGUUUUGUUUAUAUUCGGUUCGGUUCUUUGUAUACAAUUCGGUGGAAAUUCGGUGAACGGCCAAGUUAGUUGUAUGAAGAUGGAUCGAACGUCGCAGAUCCGGUUCCGGGACAACAAUGUUGUCAAUGCUCCCGGCUCGUAGAAACGGAUUUGAAUCCAGCCCGCCAGUAGCAAUCCGGCGUUCGAAAUUCUAACGCACUUAGCCAACAAAAUGGAAAUUCGUUCGGUAUCUCCGGUCGAUUCAUUUCAACAAUGUGUCCAACAACAGAUGCAAUAAUCCAACGUUCUUGUCCGUCGUUCGAUGGUUUAUACUGGUUCCGCAAGACGAGGGUUCCAUGUCGGCGGCUGUUCAGCUUAAACCGACUAGGACAGAAGACUCGGAUGGCUAACGAUGAGUCCUUCGCAACAAUCUUCGACCUACUCAUCCAGAGUGUUUUUGUUGAGAUUGCCCAGAUAGUCCAGCGCAAAUCCACCAUCGAUGGAGAGUCGUUCGACAUUAAACAUUUUAAUAUUCUUCGAGAGAAGAUUGCUUCGGCCGGUUUGGUUUCACGAUCAAUGAAACCUCCAUGGGCUUCAGCCAGGUUAAAACGACAACCUAUGGAUUACUGCUAAACGGAUUUACCUUGGAUUCAAAAGUACUCUCUUAGAGUUUGUUCUGGACGGAACUCCUAAGGUUAAGGAACAUUUGCUGGACUCCAAGAAGGAUAUUGACCAACUCACUGGGUACUACAUGACCCACUUGGAAAAAAGUAGCGGCGGUUCGACGUGUUCUAAAAUAGCAGCAACAUCCCCCGGAUCGGCGACGCCAGCCACCGAUAAUGUGUCGCGAAUGGCUACCAUCGCCGCUCCUCGGAAAAUCAGUUGUUAGGUCUCACUAUUUCAGCAUAUCCAUUGACGAGUUGAUUUUGAAAUUGCUGCAAUAGCACGGACGGAGCUACCACAAUCGAAAGCAUUGUUAAUCGAGGGACAAAAAAAUUACAGUAGGACCAGUUUGUCGAUUACAACUUUCGCAAAAAAUCGUCGUUAGUCACUGAUUUGAAAAGUGCAUUUACGAUAAGAAUCGGAAAAAACGAGAAAUUAAGAAAAAAAAAGAAUAAGUGACAGUUUUUCGAAAAGUUUUUUUUUCGAGGGAAGUUUUAAAUUCAGAGUCUCAGGAAAUGUAUGUUUUUAUAAUUUAAAAUUAUGUUUUUUUUGAGUUGAAAGCAAUUUAAUAUUUUGUCACAUGCGAUGCUUCUAUUUUGUGCAGCUUAUUUUGCAGAAAUUUACAUCAACGAUGAUUUAGUUUUAUAUCUCGCAAUAUCUAUGCAGUGAACGACAAUGCAAUUUUGGAUAGCGUACUUAAAACAUCCACAUUUACAAUUCUCGCAAACAUAGCAUAGAGAGGUUAAGGUAAUUUUAAAAGUUUUACGACCAUAUGUUAGCAUUCAAUUUUUGAAUGAAUAUUAUAGAAUAAUCACGAAAACCAUAUUAUGUUGUAGAUAGGUAAAGAUUAGUUGAAGAUUUCAUUAAAAUGAAAUAAAU